UUCAAAUUUACGCCAGCCUGUGCAAUAGAACAGCUAGUCGAUGGCAAAAGCAUAGAGAGAGAAUUUAAUAAUUUUUCUUUCAACUAGGUUAAUUUUUAUUUUUUAGGUUUUCUAGGGAUUCAAUUGACUAAAGAACCCGUCCGACAAUUGGAAUAUCAUUACACAAAUAAAGCUUACGCUUAAGGCCAAACGCGAAACGAAAACACUUACAUCAAUUUCUCAGUAAAGUGAAUGAAUAUAAAAAAAACGCGUGAAUAUCUAGCAUACUACAUUAAGCUGAAAGUCAUGAAGCAUAAUGAGUCGCAAAAUAUAUUAGAGGAGAACAGAGAAAAAAUUGACAUAAAGCAAAAGUUUAUCCUCCUUUUUCCCAUAGUCUUAAGAGGGUUAGAGGAAAUUCUGGAUGAAAUCAAAUGUCUACAAUCUAUAAAACAAAGUUUGUUACUGUCUUUGCAAAGGAAUACCCUUGGAGGAAAGAACUUUCGUGGCCUAUGUGUGAUUGAAUCUUUAAACAGUUUGCUAGGGCGUGACUUGAGAGAAAACGAAUUUAGCGAAGCAGCCAUUUUAGGAUGGCUAAUUGAAAUCCUGCAAGGGUGCUUUUUAAUGGCUGACGACAUAAUGGAUAAUUCUUCUAAACGGCGAGGACUUGAAUGUUGGUAUCGCGAGGUAGGCAUUGCUCGAGCCUUUAAUGACUCUCAAUUACUGGAAGCUUGCAUACCCUUAUUGCUUCGGAAGUUCUACAAAGCCCAUCCUUUCUAUUUAGAUCUGCUAGAACUUUUUCGAGAGGUAACCUUUUUAACCGAGCUUGGAGAGCAAAAAGAUUUAUUGUCUUCUGCGGAAGCCAAGCGUAUUUUCUCGUUUGACUUAAAAAACUAUGAUUUUAUUGUAACGUACAAAACAUCAUUUUAUUCCUUCUACCUGCCCGUGAAGUGUGCGUUAUUGCUCUCUGGUAAUCUAAAUGAACAGGCGAACGCAACAACCAAGAGACUAUCGAAACUCCUUGGAUAUUAUUUUCAAGCCCAGGAUGAUUUUCUAGACUGCUUCGGCAAUUAUGCUUCACUAGGCAAGGUUGGGAUGGAUAUCGAAGAUAAUAAAUGUACGUGGUUAGUAUGCCAAGCUAAAAUGACAGCUACAGCCGAACAACUGAUGUUUCUGGAAAAACAUUAUGGUAGACGAAACCAAGAAAGCGUACUUAAAGUUAAACAGUUGUAUCGGGAAAUUGGUAUUCCAAAUAUGUAUCAAAACUUUGAGGAAGCCAUGGUUGAGAAAAUCAUGACUGAAAUUAACGGCAUCGACGAAAGUACUGGCAUGAAGAAAAUCAUUUUUUUCAAGUUUUUCAAGUUAAUUCAUAAGAGGUCUCGAUAAUUUUGUUUUAUUUUUAUGGUUAAGAUAUUCAUUCAUGUUAAUUAUUCAGCACA